GACACAUUAUUUCAGUUGUUUUGGCUAGCCCCACCAGGCCUUUUAACAGCUAAGCACAUACGUAAAUGGGUACACUGUAAUUUAUUUCCUUGUCAUCUUGCUAUAAAUUCAAGGAACCACAACAUGAUACAACUCCUGCAUAUCACACCAAAUGACCAAACCAGUUGUCAAGCUCCUGCCAAGGAUUCUUAUUUCUAGACAGCAAACAUGACCGACAUGCCGCUUUUGUCUGAUGGAAUUCUAUUGCCUAAGAGUGUUCAAGAGAUGUCCAUGAACGGGGAUGAGCCACCCCCAGAAUUUCAUGUUAAAGACAACAGUUUCGGAUGCACAUAUUCUUCUGAUCUCGCUGCAUCGGGUUCAGUUCCGGUCAUUGAUCUUAGUCUUCUGCUAUCCUCAAAAGAUGAACUGGAAAAACUAAGAUUGGCUCUUGAGUCAGUGGGAUGUUUCCAGGUUCUGUAUUCAUUAUCUUCAAAAGCUAUUGGCCAUGGGAUUUCCAGUUCAUUUAUUGACAAAGUCCGUGAAGUUGCAAAACAAUUUUUUGGACUUCCACAGGAAGAGAAGCAGAAGUACUCCAGAGCAGUUAAUGAAGUUGAGGGUUAUGGCCAUGAUCUGAUAGUCUCAGAAAAGCAAGUUCUCGACUGGAACAGUCGCUUGUUUCUUAGGGUAUUUCCUGAACAUCAAAGAAAAAUCAAUCUCUGGCCUGAAAGCCCAGAUAGUUUCAGAGAAAUGUUGCAUGAAUAUUCCACCAAGCUAAAGCAAAUGAUGGAUCUUCUCUUUAAGGCCAUGUCAAAAUCACUCAACUUAGAAGAGAAUAGCUUCUCGGACCAGUUUGGGGACAAUCCAGUGAUGCAAGUGAGGUUUAACUUCUAUCCACCUUGUUCAAGACCAGACAAGGUUCUUGGGGUCAAGCCUCAUUCAGAUAGAUCGGGUAUUACAGUCUUGUUGCAAGAUGAAGAAGUGGAAGGCCUUCAAAUUGUCAAAGAUGGGAGAUGGAUCACAGUUCCUGUCAUCCCUCAUGCUCUUGUUGUCAAUCUUGGUGAUCAAAUGCAGAUAAUGAGUAAUGGAAUCUUCAAAAGCGCAGUACACAGGGUGGUGACAAACACAGACAAGUUGAGGAUAUCUGUGGCAAUGUUCAAUGAGGCAGAGCCAGAGAAGGAGAUAGGACCUGUUGAAGGCUUGAUAGAUGAUAACAGGCCAAGGUUAUAUAGAAAUGUGAAAAAUUAUGCUUCUUUCAACUAUGAGUGCUUUCAGAAAGGCAAAGUAGCACUUGAGGAAGUAAAACUUCAUGCAUAGAGCAUGUGAUCAUCUAAGGCUUAUGGGUCUUUUGUAGAGGAACUUCAUCUGCAAGAAUGUAAUAACCAGUUCUACAGUUAGCGUUGCGUUGUUUUGAAGGUAACUUCAUAUGAUUAUCCAGAAGCAGGAAUAGAAAGAAUGGCAAUUUGCAGCUAAAAUUGAGACAAUGAUGCAUGAAGUUACUAGCAAUGAAUCAAUGCAUUUUCUCUUAUAUAUGAUAAUCAACACGAUGGGGUGUGGAAAAUUAUUUGGUGGAGCUCCGACCAUCAACAAACUGGAGUGCCACAAUUGCUACAGAAAAUAAAUAAUAAAACAAUCGCACAUCUCCCUUGCAAAGAAUAAAUAAAUAAAAAACAAUUGUUACAACAACAAUAUAGUCAUUCUGAAAAGCAAAGGAACAGCUCAGAAUCUGGUAAUCCAAUAAAUUCAACAAAAAUUGGAGUGAAGCAUCACAUACCUGGGGCCAUACCUCACUUGAAAUCAGAUCAGCAACAUUUCUUUUAUUGUUAUGGUGACUAAGACCCAUCCCAACUUCUGACAAUUCCUCUAGCCCUAACGUUCUGCAUCUCAGUGCUCAUUAUUUGUUUGGUCUACACUGUCCUAAUUUAUUCAGAAACAGAACCUCAUGUUGGCGUCAUUCAGUUCCCACAGUAUAUAAAAACUUUGAGUUUGCAGCCAUGUCGAUGAGCACGAGGUUGGCAGUUGACACACCACCAAUAAGGCCUUCUUCACAGCUGAUUUCAGUGAGAGCUGCGGAAGACCCAGUUGCCAUAAUGUAGAAAAACAUCAAGUGAAAUCCUUCACAAGAAUAAGUAAACAAUGCCAAAUCAAUAUCAGAAUGAUAGACAGAUAAACAAAUAAAUAUCAAUAUAUACACACACAUACAUACAUAUGAAAAUAUUAUAUCAAACAGAAUUAUAGUAAUUAAAAGGAGAAAAAAAGAAAGAGAUAAAGUUAAUGGGGUAAAAUUUAUUGUUUAGCAGAAUAAAGUAUAGCCAGGGUUUUGCAAGGAACUGACCGAAGU